AUGGGGAAGGAAAAGGUAGAGAAAGAGGACAAGGAGAAACUGGUGAAAGAGAAGGAGGCGAAUGAGAAAUUGGCGAAAGAGAAGGAGGCGAAGGAGAAACAUGAGAAGGAGAAGGAGGAAAAAGAGAAGAUCAACAAGGAGGCCAAGGUGAAAGAGGAGAAGGAGAAGAGGAGACAAGAGGAGCUCAAAGCAAAAGAAGGAGGACAGACACCCAAGGCAAUUAGAGAGCAAGAUCAGACUAAGCAGGUUGAUCUCACCAGUCGCAAUGACCCGACUCUUGCCUGUUUCAUCGGGUCAAAAGAUAAAAAUGAGCUACUGAGAAGUAUUCGACUGGCUCAAGAAAGAUUGGAGGAACUAAGAAAGAAGAAAGAAAAAUAUGUUAGCCAAUUUUUUGUUGAUACUCUUUCGAGCCUAGUCCCCGAGACCAAUCUUCCCAGUACUGAUCCUUCAAUGGCCUAG